UGCUGGGAGGGUCUAAAGUUUGAACAGUCUGGCGGCAAAUUUCCCCAGCUGUCUCGCUGUCUGCGCCGGAUCUCCCGCUCACCUCCCGUUAUCCCGCCAUGGCCGCCCGGACACCGAGGAAGAGGAAGCAGAGCUCCGCCAGUGCGGGGGACGGGCGCUGGUCGUCCUUCGGAACGCCGAUGAAGAAGUUGAUGUCGGAGUGCAGCGUCGUCCUGAGCCCGCUCCAGUGCAGGAACCCCAACAGCAGCGCCGCCGCCGCCAUGAGACGCUCGCCGACACCAAGCUACGCGGGAGAGCCCAAGGAUAAGGAGAACUUGGCCGCCUCCCCCCAGAAGAGCGCCGUCGCCCGCAAGCUCAUCGUGUCUCCCCAAGUGGCGGAGCGCGGCGACGAAGACGCCUAUGUCUUCUCCCCGGUGAAGUCGCCAGACUCCUCCCCCUCCGGCCCGGUGCCCGCUAAGUCCUUCUAUAAGAGGGAGAGCAUCUACAUGUCGCCGAUCGACCGCAAGCGGAUCAGCGAGCGUAAGGGGCGGAGCAGUCCGGAGGCUCCGCCUCCCGCUACGAAGUCAGACGGCAAGGAAAUGUCUAAGAUCACCAGGAUGAGGAAGCCGCCGAGCACCAAAAAGAGGAAGUCGAGCGGAAAUACCGCGCUCCCGAAAAAAGAGCGUAAUGUGCCGGCAAAAAACAAGAGCACCCUGCCCCCAAACGAUGGCGAAUCAGCCCAACCGAAGCCGACCGGAACAUCGCCAGAGGAGCCGGGCGCCCAGAAGACCGCCAUCCUGGGGCUGACGAUGAAGCCGAGGCCGAAGCUGACCAUGGGCGCCGCCUUCUUCGCCACCAGCAGGAAGCCUCAUUCCGCGCCAAAGCGGCUCCCCGCCAACAUCAAGUUUCCAGCGUCUUCCAAACAUUCGUUCAGACCUGCAGCGCCGAUGAUGAAGCCUGCCGCCAGCGCCACGGGAGGACAGGUGCCGGGGGGCAUCAGCCAGAAAGCGGUGGUGGCGGGUUGUGUGGAGUCUGUCCGGGGGAAGAACGCGCGCCACCAAGAGGCCGAGGGGAAGAAGAGUCCGGGAGAUGCCAAGGAAGAGAAUGGCGCCAGCCGACGGCAAGGAGGCUUCAGCGUAGUGGGAGCGGCUGGCGGCGGCAGUGAUGACUCUCAGAUGAUGUUUGACUCUGACGACCCCAUAGUGAAGUCAGCGGAGAAGAAAGACCCCACCAUUUACCCCAUCUUCAGCACUCCGUCUGUCACCAAGAAAAGGCCCUUAGGUUUCCCGGGGGGGCUGGCGUCUCCGGUUUGCUCCAGUACUCCGCUGAGCGCCCCGCCUGCCGUAACCAAAGUACCAAAACCGAGCAAGAGGAAAGACUCCAACAGAACCGCCGACGAUCAGCUGAUCAUUGACGCUGGUCAGAAGCACUUUGGGCCGGUGACGUGCAGCACCUGCGGGAUGAUCUAUUCGGCGUCCAGGCUGGAGGACGAGGCGCAGCACGCGCAGUAUCACCAGAGGCUGCUGGAGAGCAUCCACUACGUGGGUUGGAAGAAAGAGCGAGUCGUGGCCGAAUUCUGGGACGGGAAAAUCCUGAUGAUCUGCCCCGAAGAUCCGAAAUACGCCCUGAGGAAGGCGGAAGAGGUGCGAGAACUGGUGGACGCGGAGCUUGGCUUCCAGCAGACGAGCAUGAAUUCUCCCAGCAGGACCCGCACUUACCUCUACGUGACCAAUGACAAGAAGAUCGUGGGGUGCCUGAUCGCUGAGCCGAUCAAACAGGCGUUCCGGGUCCUGGCCGAGCUGUCAACUCCGGACAUCAGAUCCAUGUGUGCGCUGGAGCGGCACAGAGCCUGGCGCUGCUCAUCCGAACCUCAGCCGGCACUCUGCGGCAUCAGCAGGAUCUGGGUGUUAGCCCUGAUGCGCAGGAAGAGCAUCGCCAGCCGCCUGGUGGACACCAUGAGGAGUUCCUUCAUUUACGGCUCGCGCCUGACAACCGAUGAAAUCGCCUUUUCAGACCCGACACCUGAUGGGAAGCUUUUCGCCAGCAACUACUUAGGAGUCCCCGACUUCCUGGUGUACAACUUCCUCAGUUAGACGUGCUGCCGUUUGUUGAGAGCGGUAGUCCCUGCAGCCCAUAGCCCUCCAGGAGUUGUAGUCUUGCAGCGGUUGGAGACCGCUGGGUUUGAGCUUGUUGCACUUUUCCUCUUGUUUGCUGCUACGGAUCGGCCUCAUGUCGCUUCCGAGGAGGUUUAUUCUGUUUUUAAUGCUUUUAUAGAUGUGAUGUGUAAGCGGCUGCACAGCUGGAGUGUUCCUCAGUGCCUCCUUGGUGAUGUCAUACUGGAGUGUGCACUAGAGAACACUCCAGCUGUGUAGUCACCUGUUAUAGCAUUGCCCAAAUGCUUAGUCUUCUUGUGCACUAUGCAGAUUCACUCAGUGCAGUUUUUGAGAACCAUUUGGCACAAACUGCCUGCGUUUUUACAGCGUUUCCACAGCUAGAAGUGAGUGACAUCAGCAUCCUCUGGCACUCCAGCUCUUGUGAAACUACAACUCUCAGCAUGCACAGUUGCUUGGCUCUCAGAGAGAAGGGAAUGCAGCAUGCUGGGAGUUGUAGUCUCACAGCAGUCUGGAGGCCGCCGACCAGCAGAGCCUUGUACUCUAGGUUUUAGUGUUUGUUUUGUGUCCUGUAAAUAUUUCCUUGUUGGAUCUGUUCACACUGUAGUUUUAUAUAUGAUGGAUGGAUACAGGGGAGG